AUGGAACGAGAUUCGCGAGGUGGGGUUAGUCCACGGACACUGCCCGAGCCACAGAGGGUUGAGGGUGACGGCUCCCCUCUGCCGAGCAGUCUAGAUGAAAGCAGGAGGAACCCACAACGUGUCCAAGCAAAACCAUUUUCCAUUAGCUUUGAGGUUGACAUCAUCCAAUUAGUACUCACCAUCGUAUCAAUGGCCACUCGAUUCUGGCUACUAGGCUUACCAAGGGCAGUUGUGUUUGAUGAACUGCACUUUGCUAAGUUUGCCACCCUUUACAUGAAGAAAAUAUUUUUCUUUGAUGUUCACCCACCACUGGGCAAGAUGCUACUGGCUCUCGUCUGUGGAUUUUGUGGAUUUGACGGUGAAGCUAACUUUGCCAGGAUUGGAGAAGAGUACCCAGCGACAUUCCCAGUUUAUCAACUCAGACUGUUGCCAGCUCUCCUCGGAAGCUUAACUGUGCCAUUGGUGUACCAGAUAGCAGUGGAACUUAGACUGUCUAGAUGGGCUGCACUGUUGGCCGGAGCUUGUGUCCUUUUAGAUAACGCUCUUCUCACCCAGUCCAGGUUCAUGCUCAUGGAGGGCAUGAUGGUGUUCUUUCUGUGUCUUUCCCUCUUUAGCUUUCUCAAGUUCAGGAACCUUGCCCAUAAGGAGUUUUCUAUCCAGUGGUGGUUUUGGCUGUGCUUAACAGGUGUGGCCUGUACAUGUACACUAAGUAUCAAGUAUGUUGGAUUUUUUACGGCCCUUAUAGUGGUGACAAUGAUGGUCAAGGACUACUGGCACAUGCUGGCAGAUAUCAGGAUCAGUGAUCUGGACAUGGUUAAACAUUUUUUUGUGCGAAUCUUCUCCCUGGUUUUCAUCCCAUUGUGUAUAUAUGUAUCCUUGUUCUACAUCCAUCUGAACACACUGACGAAAGCUGGACCUCAUGAUAACGUGAUGACCAGUGGAUUUCAGGCCAGUCUGGAGGGAGGCCUGGCUGCACUGACAAAGGGUCAACCCCUAUAUGUGUCGUACGGCUCACAGAUCACGCUGCGCCUCACUCAUGGGAUCACUGGAGCUAAACCCUGCUGGCUUCACUCUCACCAACAUGUAUACCCAGUACGGUAUCCCGACGGGCGUGGGAGCUCCCAUCAACAACAAGUUACAUGUUACUUCUUCAAGGAUGUAUACAACUGGUGGAUUGUAAAACACCCAAACAGGGAAUCCUUGGUAGUGGAUGAGCCUCCCCAGGCUGUUAAACAUGGUGAUGUGGUACAGUUGGUCCAUGGGAUAACUAGCCGAGCACUGAACAGUCAUGAUGUUGCAGCUCCAAUGACUCCACAGAACCAGGAGGUGUCUUGUUACAUUGACUAUAAUGUAUCUAUGCCAGCACAGAACUUCUGGAGGGUGGAGAUUGAUAACCGUGAUACUGAUGAGAACACAUGGCAGACUAUCAAAAGUCAUGUAAGAUUUGUCCACAUGGACACUCGACAAGCCCUGAAGGCUACAGGUAAACAGCUGCCAGAAUGGGGGUUCCAUCAGAUAGAGGUCGCCACAGACCGCGUGACCGUACAGCCCGGCACUGUUUGGAAUGUGGAGGAGCACCGUUACACUACAAAUCCAGAGAAGGAACAGCAGGCCCGAGAGUUAGCCAAUACAGAGAUGAUCCCUCUCAAGCCCACACACUUGUCAUUCUGGAGGAAAUUUUUUGAACUCCAAACCAAGAUGUUCUUCUCCAAGAUUGAUAUUGACAUGGAACACAAGUACAGCUCUGGACCUUUGGACUGGCCCUUCCUCACCAAGAACACAGCCUACUGGAUGUCUCCUACAUCCAAUGCCCAGAUCCACCUCCUCGGGAACCCUGUCAUCUGGUAUUGUGCUUCACUCUCCAUCUUCAUCUACAUUGGACUUUUUAUCCUUUACCUCAUGAGAAGAAGACGUGACAUAUUUGAUUUGACUGAAAAUGAGUGGCACCAUUUCCUGUUCUUCGGCGAACUCCUUAUAGGUGGAUAUUUCUGCCACUACUUGCCCUUUUUCCUGACAGAUAGAACCCUUUUCAUGCAUAGUUAUCUCCCAUGUGUUAUCUACAAGAUCCUGUCUUUGGCAGCUGUUGUGGACCAUAUUUACAUCAUCUCCCGCAGGUUUGCAUUUGCGCCAACAAUUGUUAGCAGUAUUUGUCUGGGCCUUGUAUCAGCAGCAGUGUGGGCCUUCGUCAAAUUGGCUGUAUUCUCCUACGGAAGCUCUGGCCUUUCACCAAAUGACAUUCAGCAUCUUACCUGGAAGGACACCUGGGAUUUCCUUGUUCACACUGAUCAAUGAUUUUGAGAUCCUUUGGCAGCUUAAGAGGGGAAAGGAAUAUGAUAGUAGAGCUUAGAAGCAGCUUUUAUGACCUUGUGCCCUGUCAGCAGAUUAAGUUCUGAUAGAUCAAAGAGAUUAGAGAUCUGUGCCUUUUUUUGCCCCAGUCAUUAUAUAU